UUGACUGACUACAGAUGGGUCAGUUUUUGAUUUAGAGAGCAAAUAGAAAUAAUUUAAUCAUUAUUUUUAUCCAUCAGGUCUGUGCUGCAGCAAUGCAUCACUUAAUUUUCACUGGGUUUUCACUGCUGAUCUUUACUGGGCUGCAUGUGAGUGUUCGGUCCACAGGAAGACGUUUGGAGCGGAGCAGCGAAAGACAUUUUACAUCAUUGCUGACUGUUUCGAAUGGGAUGCGCUGGGGAUCGUGGGGUCGAAGUGAGUUUUGUCCAAAUGGAACAUACGCCAAGGGGUUUAAUGUGAAGUGUCAUAUUUAUUCCAGAUUUAACUGCAGUGGAGUGUAUGAGAUGGUGGGUGAGGGCGCAGCCUGGGGUGAAUGGGGCGAAUGGAGCCCGACAUGUCAAGGAAGAGGAAUCUGUGGCAUCAGGACGCGGAUAGAAGAGCCGCAGGGAUUCGGAGACGACACCGCUCUCAAUGAUGUGAUCAUGUACUGCUGCGAUUGAGGUAUAAGAGGAUGUCAAAAAGAUCAAGAAGAUCAUAUGGAUGAAUAAUUGAACAUCAUACAAAUAAAGGUUACGAGGGAGUUUUUUUCCAGCGAUGCCACGGAAGAACCAUUUUUGGUUCCCC